CCUCAUCUCUCUCCAAACAACUGAAUGCUGUCAUCUCCCAUUGGCUGUCAUCUCCCAUGUAAUAUUUGUGUGUGUGGGGGUGUGUGUUUAUCUCCCUGUGUGUGUGUGUGUGUGUGUGUGAGAAAGUGAUUCAGUCUCUCUUUCUGUGCGAUGCCACUGCUGCCUAAGGAGGCAGAACGAUUCGAUGGGCUAUCUCUACUAUACUGGACUAUCAUGGGGCCUCAUGGCAUCAACCGGGCCAUCGAGAGACUGGAGUUCUGCGACUGCAAGAAAGGACUGGGGGUGAAGAUCAUAGGUGGCUACAGAGAUCAGACACGUGAGGAGUUUGGCAUCUUCAUCAAGCGGGUGUUACCGGGAGGGCUGGCUGCUCAGGAUGGGCGGCUUAGAACGGGCGACCUCGUUUUGGAAGUCAAUAAUAUGAGUUUAGGAGGAGUAACCAACGAAAGGGCGGUGGAUAUCCUCCGGUCAGCGUCAGCCUCCAAUCACAUGUCUCUGAUGGUUGCCAGGGACGAUGAAAGCAGGCGGGAGUUCAUAGAGUUGAUGAAUAAGUAUGGCUCCCACAGCAGUUUUAAAGGAAGCUCAGGGAGGGUCUCCCCUACACAGCUCUCUACAGGAGGUAAGACAGACACGGCCUCCUCCUCUUCCUCCUCCAGAUCUACCAGUCCCACCACCCAGCUCCUCGGCCCUAAAGAGGGGGUCACAGGACCCCCUUACACCCCAGGACCCCACUAUACCACUGGACCCCCCUAUACCACUGGGCCACCCUAUACGUCGAACCCCAACACAGCCCCUUCACAGCACGUCUUCAACGACAGCAUCAUUCAGUUGAUAUGCAUAUCAAAGGGAACAGGCCUGGGCCUCAUCAUCAAGGGCGGAACAAACCGAGCAGAGGGACCAAUGGUGUUGAUUCAGGAAAUAGUGCCUGGAGGAGACUGCCAGAGGGACGGUAGACUACAGCCAGGAGACCAGCUGGUGUCGAUUAAUAAGGAGUCGUUAAUCGGAGUGACCUAUGAGGAGGCUAGAAGUGUCCUGACACGCACCAAACUCAGACCAGACCCUACGGUGGAGAUAGCAUUUAUGACACACAGGUCUUCCUCCAGUUCUGCUUCCUCCAGCAGUGGCCCCCAGAGCCCUAUCACCCCCCAGGGCCCAGCCAGCGGAGCCUCCGCAGUGCCCCCCACCAGGAGAGAGACCCUGGCCGUGCUGGGGGCCCUGCCUCCCCCUGAGUCACUGCUCCAGCACAGGAGAACCACGCUCCCUGCAGCCCUCCCUGGAGCUCCCCUGGUGGUGCCCAAGAUCACCUCCACCCCCAACCCCACCAGCGAGACCCUGCCUUCUGUCAACCUCAGCCAGAUGCAAAUGAGGACAGAACAGACGUCGCCCCCUCAGAGUCCCAGCACCGCAGACGCCAAGCCUGAAUCCUCCCCUGUCUGGCAGCCAGUCAGCAGCCACGUACCACACAGGAAGUGCUCCCUCAGCUCCAUCUGUCGCCUCAAACUGGAGAGGCUGGAGCAGGCUCUGGAUGCAUUGGGACUGAAUCCUACAGAGGCACAGAGACAGACGUUGAGGGCCAGACUACAAACAGACCCUGCUGGGACAGUGGCCUACGCUGACUUUGAGACGCUGACGCGGGAGCUGUUCAAGCUGCAGUUUGAGGAGUCAGGGGUGGGAGGUCAGAAGUCAAGGUUCGUGUCAGAUGACCUCUCCAGUCUCCUAGAGUCACCCACCAACACACAGACUUCACUGUCUGACUCUGAUGACCUAGAGGAGAUGGAGAGACUGAGGAAAGACCACAUCGAGGCUCUGAGAGAGAUCAAGAAACUACAGGAGCAGUUUGCGGAGUCCGAGAGACUUAAUCUGCAGAUGCAGGGAGAGCUGAACAAGGUCAAACAGGAGGUCAAGUCUGGAGUUGAGGAGAGCCGUGCGCUGCGUAGCCGGAUCCACCUGUCUGAGGCAGCACAGAAACAGGCCAGAGGGAUGGAGAUGGAUUAUGAGGAAGUCAUCCAUCUCCUGGAGGCUGAGAUAGCUGAGCUCAAGACCCAGAGGACAGAGCAGCCCGGCCAGUCCAGCCAGGCUAAGGAUGAGACAGAGGAGCUGAAGAAGAGAGUGGCCAUUCUGGAGUGUCAACUAAGGAAGUACGAGGGGGCCAAAAAGGGCUUUGAGGUGUCCAUUGGUAAACUGCUCAACUUCGUGGAGAAUGUCCAAGACUUCCUCAUUGAAAAUCAAGGUCCUGUGAAGAGUUACAGCUCCGGUGACGUGAAGGCUGGAGCCUCCUCUCAGCCCCUGGGAGCCCGCGUGGGGAAGAAGUCCCAGUGGACGGCCGUCACACUAGCCGCAGAGGCUAAAGAACUCACACGGACUGUUAGCGCCAUUCCGGAGGUGGACUAUCUUCCCUAUGGAUGGGAAGAGGCCUAUACAGCAGAAGGAGUCAAAUACUUCAUCAAUCAUGUGAUGCAGACGACGUCGUGGACCCAUCCGGUGACCUAUAGCCUGGCUCUGGGGCUGUCCGAGAGAGAGGGAGAGGGACCAGACGACGGCGUGGACCAAUCCAGUGACCUGCAGCCUGGCUCCGGGGGUGGGGCUGUCCGAGAGAGAGGGGGAGGGACCAGCCGACAGACAGGCAGACAACACAGCCACCCCCAGCCCCGACCACACCAAGAUCAAGACUUAGACCUGGGACAGAUUCCAUAGGAUAUAACGUUAUAGAAUCUUUAGAUAGACGUGUAUUGCAUAGACUAGAUAUUGUGUUUCUUGGUGUUGGAUAAUGGAGAGGCCUCGCAGGCAGCUCUAUAAAUAACAUUUCUAUCUGAACGUUCUGUAGCGUUGCUCUUCCCCAAGAGAAAAAAACACACCGGGCAGCGGUGAAACACCUGUCCUCCUUUUAUUUUUAUUCAGCCUUUAUUUAUACAGGUUUUUCUCAUUGAGAUAAAAUCAAUUUUUCAAGACAGACCUGGUCCUGUACAAAUAGAGACUCCGUAGAAACCCUAGAGGUGGAUACAGAGACAGCCACCUGAAAUCCUUUAGGAGCCCCAACAAAAUAUUGUCUUUAAAAUCAUAUAACUAGCUACACAUAAUGUUUCAUUAAAUGGCAGCUGUUCUGUUCUGGUGAAUAUGCAGUUUGAAACAUUUUUUUAUUUAUUUUUUUACAGUGAAACCUAUCCGUAAGUGGGCUAAGCAGUGUAAAAACUGUUAAUGAAUUGUGUUAAAAUGAAUUGAACAAGGCUAGCUUCCCAGUUCGAUGGAGUUGAAUCACGACUCUUUAUUGUCUCACUGUGUUGUUCUAUAGAGUUACUGGAAUUGCCUCUCCUCCUUCUCUAUUCUAUUUGUAUGCUUCUUCCUAUUCAUGUUACCUCUAUGAGGAACAGUGACCAAGCCCUCUCUCUCUUCAUCUCUCUAUCUACUUCCGCAUCCCUCUUUUCAAACAACUCAAACAAUGUCACAACCCUCCAUCUUUUUCAUCCUUUGAAGCCAGGUUCAGAAUGUGUAUUUUUCUUUUCCGAUGCAAAACAGUUUUCUGUUUGCUCCCUGAGCUGCACCUUUUGAAUGUCAUUCCGAGAUGUCCACAUUCCGAACUCGGAAUUGUCUUCUGAGUCACGAUAGACCAGAAUCUACUGCUGAAAGCUCGGCCUAACAUGCCAUAUUUAUAUUUUCACUUCCUUCACCAGAACUGUUAUGGUGGAGAGGCAAAGGAUUGAAAAGAUGAGGUAGCUUGCAUCUUGUCCAUUGGUCAGAUAAGAGUUGGACAUCGUUGCCAGGUGUCUUUAGGUAGUAAUAAUGUAACACAUUAUGUUUUAAUAAGAGUUAUGGAAUGAAAGCAUGCAAUAGCAAGGGUAGUUAUCGAACGUCAUCCUAUUUGCUGUUGGUUAACCUGCUCUUUAACCAGUAGUAUUUUAUUUUAUUUUCUCACUAGUUGAGCCCAGCGUUGCUAUUUUUAUCCAAAAUACCGCAAUAGCAUGUCUGUUCUGUGUCCUCUAGUGCUGCUAACUCAUUAUGGGAUCAAUCAAACAGUAUUUCAAAUAUCUAUAAGGCUGCGUUUACACAGGCAGCCCAAUUCUGAUCUUUUGCCACUAAUUGGUCUUUUGACCAGUCAG